AUGACUUCCACGGUAUUAAUCACAGGCGCCAGUGGCCUACUUGGACGUCAGGUGUUCAAUAUCUUCCAGCACUCAGGCGUGCUGGUGGUCGGCCAGGGCUUCACGCGCGCUGCCCCGCCAACGAUCCUGAAAGCAGACUUGGAGAAAGCUGAGGAUAUCAAGUAUCUGUUUGAGGAAACGUGUGCUCCUGUCUUACACUGCUCAGGUGCCGCAAACCGUUCGCCGGAUCUGUGCGACAAGGAUCCCGAACAAGCACGCAAGGUGAACGUCGAAGCUACGCGCAUUCUUGCCGAAGAAUGUUCCGCCCGCGGAGCCUUCCUGAUCUACAUUUCGACCGACUACGUCUUCCCCGGGAAGGAAGGAGAUGCACCGUACGAGACCGAUGCCGAAACCUGCCCCCCCAAACUUACUGGCCUGGGUGUGAUCCUGCGAGUGCCAGUGCUUUACGGCAAUGCCAAAGACAACUCGGAGAGCGCCGUGAACACCCUGGUAGAGGCAGUUAAGAAGGCGCAGGACCCCAACGCGGGGGUGAAGAUGGAUGACUGGGCCCAGCGCUACCCAACUAACACCGAGGAUGUGGCCCGCGUGUGCCGUGACAUCGUGAUUAAGUAUCUGCGGGAGAAACAGAAGAUAAAGGAGCUGCCACACAUUCUCCACUUCAGCUCCGAGGAUCGCAUGACCAAGUAUGAGAUUUGUGAGAAGCUGGCCCAGAUCCAGGGCGUUGAGAUUCCUGGCAUGAUCCGGAACAAGCAGGGCAAUGAUCCCAAUGGCGGCGUGCAGCGUCCUUAUGACACUCACCUGUCCACCAAGGCCCUCAAGGAUUUGGGGAUUGAUCUACAGACCAUCAACUUUGAGGAUUGGUGCUGUAGAUCCUUUAGGGGCCUUCUGCGACACACCUCGUAUGCGCUAGCGCUAGCGCCGCCACUUCAGGCGGAAAUGCAAUCCGUGUCUGUGGCGCAUUUCAUCCGUAAUCCCCUUGUCUUCACCCUGCGCUUCCCCACUAAUCGUAUGGUGAAUUGGAGAUGUCUCGGUCUCUGCAAGAGGGUCGUCCGUGAGAGAUCUUGGUCAUUUGAGUCUUUUCCGUGGCAGCCACGGCCAUGUGGAAGGUCGUUAGAAGCCCGAUACGAGGACCAUGACCCUGGCAAGCCCCUGCAAACUCCCCAGGCGCCUCGACUGGUCGGUCACACCGCGCUGGAGAGAUGGAGAGACCCGCAGGUGGACCAGAAUAGACGGGUCGCCCCGGUGGAUCAGGGCCAGGAACACAAUGCUGAUCACACCAUCUUGCGUAAAGAUAGUCAGGGUCUGAUGGGUUACUGCAGACGGAGGAAGUACAGUAGUUCUGGAGGUUGGGCUUCACAUUCCACCGAAACCGAUAAUCUCCAAGCCGGAAGCGUGAACCGCGACCAGAACCCACGGGGACUGCGUCAUUGGCUCUGGGCGCUUAUGGGCCUUCAUUUCCCUAACCUUGAUCUGGCCCGUAAGAUUGCCAUCUCGCUCCAAUUUCGUAGCGGCCCAAGUUGCUUCUCUUUGCGAAAAGAAGAAAUCAAAUCGCAUACACCGAGCCGGGAUCAACCUUGCCAACCUGGUCAACCUUGUCAACUUUGUCAACCUUGUCUCAGCCCCCUGAUUAUCUCGCCCUUGCGCCGACUGUUUGAUCGUGUCGUUUCGUUUCCAUGCACUGACCCCCAAAGCACGCGGGUGACUCGCUCGUUUCAAAGGAAACAAAAAAAACUUGGAAUCGACCUUUUAGACUCUUUCUCUCCCACGCGGUUGACGCCCUUGCGCGUCGCGCUUCCCCAUACGCCAUCAUGA